GCACGGUUGGUGUCCCAGUUAAGACGAGAAAGACUUACAACGGUUGAAAUAUACUUAUAAAAACAUAUAUAUUUUCGAAAUAAGAGGAUAAGACCCAGUGCGCGGAUAGCGAGAGCAAGAGAGAGAGAGAGCAUUUUUGCUUCUCAACUUGGGGAAUGUCGUAGCAUGUGACAGUUAAAAGAUUACUGAAAGACAACGCAGCUACUCCUGAAGGCACUACGUUUUAGGAAGAAAAAGAAGAGUCCUCCAGGAUGGAGAACAUCGUCCUUCACGCCCUUCUCAGCCUGAGCUUCAACGAUCGCGGACCUGCUCCUCCAACCGUUCCUCCGGGAGAAGUAUGCUACGACUCCUUCGGGUGUUUUUCCCUGGGGCCGCCCUGGGCAGGUACUCUGGAACGCCCUGUGGCGGCCACGCCGAUGGCUCUGAACGUGACCAUGCCCGUCUUCUGCCUCUACACCCCGAGUGAGCCGUUCUGUCAGGAGAUGUCUCUGCGAAAAAUUGGAGAUCUCUACAAUACCAGUCUGGACCCAAGCGCACCACUCUACGUCAUAACUCACGGUUAUAUGGAAACAGCAGACUUGAAGUGGAUGGUGAAGAUGAGGAACACCCUCCUAAAAGUCUCACCGAACAUCAGCGUCAUAACGGUGGACUGGUCUGCAGCUGCCCACCCACCUUACGCCCAGUCCGUCUCGAAUAUUCGAGUGGCUGGGGCAGUGACUGGGUACCUUCUGCAUCUGUUAGUUAAAUACUACGACGUUCCCGUGUCAAACAUCCACCUUGUGGGGCACAGUCUAGGAGCACACUUCAUGAGCUAUACCGGACUUUUCGUCAACGUGACCACAGGACAAAAGGUAGGGCGCAUCACCGGCCUAGACCCAGCGGGACCAUAUUUCGUCAACACACCACCAGAAGUCCGGCUAGAUCCCAGCGACGCUGAAUUCGUUGAUGUCAUCCAUACUGACAUUCCAAGGGAGGCUUGGGAAAUAAACAAACUGGGGCUCCCAGACCCUGUUGGUCACCUGGACUAUUAUCCAAACGGUGGUUUCAAGCAAGCAGGUUGCGUCACCUCCGCCCACGCGCGCGCAGAGGAGAAAAAGAGCUUGGCUGAUGGCGUCUUCUCGUACAUAGGCUGCAAUCAUCAGAGGUCCCAUGCAUUCUUCACCGAGUCCAUCUUAUCCAAAUGCCAAUAUUUAGGAGUCCAAUGCGAUUCCUGGGAACAGUACACUCAGGGAUUGUGUUGGGGCUGUUCCAACGGCCAAUGUUCAACAAUGGGCUUCCACGCGAAACCCCUAGACCGAAAGCAGCUACCUGCUAACGGCAGGCAAGAAAAUAAGACUGAAACUGACAGGAAUUCUGAAGAAUCGUCUAUUAAAAUCUAUUUAGGGACAAACCCAAGAUCUCCAUUUUGUGCCGAGCAAUAUCGCGUGACCGUAGUCACAUCAGACACACUCGAAUCGCAGCGGGGUGGGGGCGAUGUAGCAAGAUUCACUCUCAAGCUGAGAGGGCAACAUGGAGAGCACAUCAUCCCUCCUGCUGAGAAAUCCGUAUUCAUCGAACCCGGCAGACGCCAGUCUUGGGUUGGGUUCGCCUCUCACCUGGGUCCUUUGAACGCCCUACAAGUCGACUACGAGGAGGACCAGGGUCUCCUCCACGCCCUCAUUUUCAGGUUCAGCCCUCCAGCGCUUUACGUCGAAUCCUUCGUCGUCGACGAGUUGUCGACGGGAGUGACAACAAGUUUCGAAUUCUGUGGCUCCAAAAUGCAGGCUGGAGAGUCUCACGUACUAUUUGCGGAUACGCAAUGUCCUCGGGAAAGCUAGGUUACUACAGAGUCAAAGUAUAUAGGGUCUGCUCAACUCGGCAGUGGGGGCGGAGCUAAUACUGUGAUGUCACAAGAGUAACACUUUCCCGUGCUUCUCCAUUGAUAUAGCUUUGACUCUGGGUUACUACAUGAGCAGUUCGAGACGACUAUAUUCUCAUAUUAUGUUUUCACCUCUUAUAGCCCUCAGAUUUCGUGACCUAUAUAAAUUUUGGGACGUUUGUACCCAAGGGUUACCAAAUUUUUAAAUGCUGACAUAACCACACCAGGAGAAUCUGUUGGUGUCUAACGGCACCUUUUAUUGUCUUGUCACCAGUUUCAGUGUCAAGUAGCUAAUAAUGUUGGUAAGGCUGAAGUUGUGCUUGUGCAAACAUCACUUAGAGAUAAUCUGUAUGAUAUUGUUACUUAAACUGGUGAAAUGUUAUGUCCCGGAUUUAAGAUUUGACGACCUAACAUGCCAUGUUAGUUAUCAAGUAAGCUUAAGUUCUAUACUUAACGAACACAGUGUUCUAAAAAUGAUCACAGACUCUGAUAGAGUAUACAAGUCCAUUGUUAUGCUGAAGGUGAUAUGUUUAUUCGCAAUUCUUGUUUGAUAUGACUCUAUUUUACAAAAUAUACAUUACAGUUGUUGAAUUGUAUUGAUCUAGUACGCCAUUUACUAUUUUUAUAUAAGCCUCUUGUAAUAUAGUUUUUUUUGGAAUAAAAUUGUCAAAUAGA